UCUUAAAUUUAAUCAAAUAGAUUUAAUUUUUUGUUUAUAUUAUAUUUUUUCUAAAAGUAUCUCUCUUUUGGUCUUUUAUUUUUGAAAAUUUUGUGUUGAAUAUCAAUAGGAAUGUGAAGUGAAGACAUGGUAGUUUCUACAUUUUGGAUGAAGGUCAAGCUUUUCUUAAGUUGCAUGACCAGAAGUUCAUCUCAUGAUGAGGAUGUUGAUAGUACGCCAAAAUCAUCAACAAACAGUAACUCGAGAGCAUCGAAAUCACCAAUUUCUAAUGACAUACCUUAUUAUUCUCAUCUAAAGCAAUUCAGAUAUCAUGAACUAAUGUUAGCAACAAGAAAUUUUAAACCAGAAUUAUUUCUUGGUGAGGGAGGAUUUGGUAAGGUGUUCAAAGGUUGGAUAUGUCAAGAUGAGAGGUCUCCUUCAAGACCCGGAGAUAGAAUGCCAAUUGCUGUGAAGACUCUCAACAGAGAAGGAAAACAAGGCCACAAAGAAUGGGUGGCUGAAAUUAACCAUCUCGGAGCUCUCCAACAUCCAAAUCUUGUAAAACUUAUUGGUUAUUGUAUUGAAGAUCAACAUAGAAUGCUUGUUUAUGAGUACAUGCCAAGAGGAAGCUUGGAAAAUCAUUUGUUUAAGAGACGAGCUACGACUCUCACUUGGGAUGUGAGAAUAAAAAUUAUGCUUGGUGCUGCAAAAGGCCUUGCAUUUUUGCACGAGAAGGCUAUAAAACCAUUAAUAUAUAGAGAUUUCAAAACUUCUAACGUUCUAUUGGAUUCGGAAUACAAUGCCAAACUUUCCGAUUUUGGGCUUGCUAAAGAUGCUCCGAUAGGAGACAAGACUCAUGUGACAACCCAAGUGAUUGGCACACAAGGUUACGCAGCUCCCGAGUAUAUAAUGACAGGACAUCUUAAUUUCAAGAGUGAUGUCUAUAGUUUUGGUGUGGUUCUCCUUGAGAUGUUAACCGGAAGAAAAGCAAUUGACAAAAGAAGACCACAAAAAGAACAAAAAUUAGUUGAAUGGGCAAAACCACACUUAAAAAAUCGAGGAGGGAUUUAUCACUUAAUAGAUCCAAACAUUAAAGAUCAAUAUUCAACAAGAUGUGCAUAUAAAGCUAUGAAGAUAGUCGCACAUUGUAUUUAUGGUGAUCCAAAACUAAGACCUUUAAUGAGUGAUGUUGUUAAAGAGCUCCAAAUUAUUUUUGAUUACAAUAAUGAUAGGUCUUCUUCACCAUUACCUACACCACCAUCAUCGUUUAAGGGAUUUCAUGAUGGUUCGUCCUCUUCUAAUUCCUCUAGAUAUGGUAGAGGAGAUGGUGGAAGUAAAUAUGGUCCUAAAGUUGAUUUGUCAUCUUCAACUUCGUCUACAAAGAAUACUCCAUCUCAAUUUAAAAAUUCGCCAUUGUACUUCACUCCUCCUUUUCCUUCCCCAAAUCCUAAGUAUAGUGGAAAUGCAUGAGAUUGGUAUGUGAUGCAUCCUAAUGUUAUCUUACUCCAUUGGAAUUAUAUAUAGUUUAAGAGACUGCUUUUGAAUCAAAAUUUGAAUUCUCUUUCAUGUUUAUUUGGAUAAUCUAUUCCCUUAUUAUUUGUAAUAACUUUGAAUCACGAUAGAAUCGUGGGAUUGUUGAAGCUUUGAUUAUUUUAUGUUAGUCUAUUUGAUUUUGAAA